AUGCGUUCUAUAAGGCUGUUGCCACCACCACCACCACCUCCCAUUCCUCCAUCGUUGCCUCCCAAUUCUUCUCCUGGAGUUCCUCCCAUUCCUCCAUCAUUGCCUCCCACUGUUAAUGUUUCCCAGAAUGAUGGAAAUAGUAGUUUGAAGGAGGAUUUACAAAAUGAGGAUAAUUUGAUCAAUGAAUGUCCACUGAAGCUUGUCAAAGGUAAAAUAGUACAUAAUGAAGUUUUGUGUCAGCCAAUUGACAAGAAUGGUCCUGAAGCAGAAAAAGUAGAUGCUUUUGUUGCUUAUUCACUAUCUAAUUCUGAUAUGGAUAUGGAAGUCAACAACUUACCUAUGGGAUACCCUGUCAUACAGCAGCCUCCAGUUCCUGCUACAGGCCAACAUCAUUUUGAUUCUAUCGGAUAUUCCACAUCUAGCUGUCACAUUGUUAAUGGUGUUCCAGCACCAGGCAAUUUCCAUCCAACGCGAAUGACAUUUGGGAAUGACACAUCAGUUGCAGAAAUGAAAAUCAAGCCACGGAAAUAUGUGAGGUUUGAGGAGCCUAAUUCUGAGACGUCUUUUAGCCUCGAGCAGCACUCAAAUAGUUGGCAAUUUCCGAAAUGGAAUCCAAAUUUGAGUUCAGUAAUGAGUGGAGUUAGAAGGGGAUUCGAAAUAGGUUCUUCAAGGAUGAAAAGCUUGAGAAAAUCCCUACACAGCCAUUCUUCACAAGAUGAUAAGCCAAAGUACAAUUCGAAGAAGAAAAUUCUUGACCCUCAGGGACCAUUUGUUCAAAGAUGGAACAAAAUCUUUGUACUUGCUUGUGUGAUUGCAGUUUCCCUCGACCCGCUGUUCUUCUACAUUCCUGUAAUUGAUGGUGACAAGCAGUGCCUUGACCUGGAUGAUAAAUUCGAGAUCACUGCUUGUGUUCUUCGAUCAUUUAUUGACCUCUUCUACAUAUUUCACAUUGUUUUGCAAUUUCGUACUGGAUUUAUUUCCCCUUCUUCUCGAGUAUUUGGGAGGGGUGAGCUGAUUGAGGAUCCCAAGGCCAUAGCAAAACGAUACUUUAUGUCCUACUUCAUCGUUGACAUUUUAGCAGUUCUUCCCCUACCACAAGUGGUAAUUUUAAUAGUCGUUCCCAGCUUACAGUCCCCAAUGUCACUAGCUACGAAGGACCUACUGAAGAUUGUCAUUAUCUCCCAGUAUGUUCCAAGACUUUUUCGGAUCUAUCCUUUAUACAAGGAAGUUACCAGAACAUCAGGCUUAUUUACUGAAACUCCAUGGGCAGGAGCUGUUUUUAAUCUCGUCCUCUACCUUCUUUUCAGUCAUGUACUUGGAGCGUUCUGGUAUUUGUUCUCAAUAGAACGCAAAGAUAGAUGUUGGCGCAAUGCAUGUGAAUCAAACAAUGAUUGUAUACAUAAUUUAUAUUGUGGAGGACACCGCCCUAAAAACUAUUCAUUACCCAGUAAUUCUUGUCGGCAACUUGAACCAAAUGAAACAAAGAGCCCUACGGACUUUGAUUUUGGUAUAUUCCUUGAUGCUCUUCAGUCUCAAAUUGUCGAUCGCAAGGACUUCUCUAAGAAGUUUUUCUAUUGCUUUUGGUGGGGACUGCGGAAUUUAAGUUCUCUGGGCCAAAACCUCAAAACGAGCACUUACGUUUGGGAGAUUAUUUUUGCCAUUUUCAUCUCCAUCAUCGGGCUGGUUUUAUUUUCGUUGCUUAUUGGUAACAUGCAGAAAUAUUUGCAGUCUAUCACUGUUAGGGUUGAAGAGAUGAGAGUGAAAAGGCGAGAUGCAGAGCAAUGGAUGUCCCACCGUAUGCUUCCUGAUAAUUUACGGAAACGGAUUAGACGAUAUGAUCAAUACAAAUGGCAAGAAACCAGGGGCGUUGAAGAAGAUUCUUUGAUUCGUAACCUGCCUAAGGACUUAAGAAGGGAUAUCAACCGCCAUCUCUGCUGGACUUUACUCAAAAGAGUGCCAAUGUUUGAGCAAAUGGACGAACUGUUGUUGGAUGCAAUGUGUGAUCAUCUGAAGCCGGUUCUAUACACAGAGAAGAGCUUCAUAGUUCGCGAGGGAGAUCCAGUUGACGAGAUGCUCUUUAUUAUGCGUGGUAACAUAUUGACCAUGACUACUAAUGGUGGUAGAACUGGUUUCUUUAACUCUGAUUAUCUGAAGGCCGGGGACUUUUGUGGAGAAGAACUUCUGACAUGGGCUAUGGAUCCCAACUCUUCCUCCAGCCUUCCCAUCUCAACCAGAACUGUGCAAGCUAUAAAAGACGUUGAGGCCUUCUCUCUGAUGGCUGGUGACCUGAAACGUGUGGCCUCCCAAUUUAGGCGUCUUCACAGCAAGCAUAUUCAGCACGCUUUUAGGUUCUACUCUCAGCAGUGGAGGACAUGGGCAGCCUGCUUUAUCCAAGUAGCAUGGCAUCGACAUUGCAGGAGGAAGAUUGAGAAAUCUCUGCAAGAGGCUGAAGAUAGAAUGCAUGAGGCCUUGGCUGAAGAGGGCGGGAGCACACCUAGCCUCGGUGCCACCAUUUAUGCAUCAAAAUUUGCUGCAAAUAUGCUUGGUGCCCUGCGCAACAAUCAUCCACAUAAUGCUAAAUUAUCCCCCCGAUUACCUAGUGGAAAAUUGCCUCCUCUGCUGCUUCAGAAGCCAGCCGAGCCUGAUUUUAGUGCGAAAGACCGUUCAUAG